AUGAAGGGUUUCGUCAUUGCUUCGGCUCUGGGCAUGGCUGCGGCCGCCCCCAAUGUAGCUGUUCCCUAUGCCAACACAGCUCCCUCAGCCAACAUCACUCUCGAGAAUAUCCGACAGAUUGACAUGACCUUGGCUGGAGGCCGACCCAGCAAACGAACGCUUCACGGCCCCUUCAUGGGUGACUUCCCCGACCCCUCGAUUAUCUGGGGUGAUGGAUCUUGGAAGGCAUAUGCAACUUCGUCACAAGGGAAGCACGUCCCUGUUGCUGUAUCCAACGAUGGCCUCACCGGCUGGACGCUGCAGUCACAGGAUGCGCUGCCCAACACUGGAUGGGCUAAUGCUGGCGCUGGUAUCUGGGCCCCGGACGUUCAGAAGAAUGACGCUGGAACCUAUGUCAUGUACUUUACCGGCACGAACAGCAACGGUGCCCAUUGCAUCGGCGCUGCCACAUCAAAUGCCGCCGCCGGUCCCUUCACCCCUACGGCAAGCCCUCUGAUCUGCGAUGAUGCCAACGGCGGUGUCAUUGACCCUUCGGGCUACGACGAUGGCGUCAACCGUUGGAUCCUGUGGAAGGUUGACGGCAACAGCAAAGGUGGUGCUACCACCUGCCAGGGCGGCAAGCCUUCGGGCUCUUAUAUGUCAACGCCUAUCAAGAUCCAGCGCGUGGCUCGCGAUGCUUUGACGCUGCUGGAUAGCCCCAGCACGAUCCUCGAUAACCAGGGAGCUGCCAACGACGGUGUUGUCGAGGCCCCCGUCAUUUACAAGAUUGCCAACAACAACUACGUUCUCUUUUACAGCGCUCACUGCUACUCGAGCGACGACUAUGACAUCGAGUACGCCUUUUCAUCGACAAUCAACGGAGCUUACACCAACCGUGGCAUCUUGGCCAGGACCAUCUCCAACCUCGGCAUCUACGGUCCCGGCGGCUUGGAUCUCGACCCCAACGGCGUCAAUGUUGUCUUCCACGGCCGAACUACCGCCAACACUCCCAACGCUGCAAGAAACCUGUACACUGCCAACCUUGCCAUCAACGCCAACCAUGCCAUUACUGGCGCCAACUGGUAA